GUAGGUCACGGCCCGAGGGGCCCGGCCCGGCUCCUCCCGCUCUGCCCGCCGCCGUCUCAUGCCCAGGGGCGGCCGUCGAGGCCCCACCGGCCCGGCCCGGGUGGGAGGCGGUUGCUAUGGAGGCGAACUGCGCCGUAGUCCCGCCGGGCGGCCGGGCCUCCCCGGCCCUUCCCGCCUCCGAGUCGCCACGGCCGACACGCCGUUCGCACCGGUCCCAAACUCCCUUCCCAUCCUGCCGUCCCCGCUGCCCUUGUCCGAUUCGCCCCCUCCCCUCUCUCCCCCAUUCGGCUGGCCCUUCAUCAGGCCCGGCCCCCGCAUCCCUUUCCUCGUCCUUCCCUUCCUUCUCCGGACCUGCCUCCAGACAAUGUGCGUUAUUUUUUGUCUUCCUGUUUCUUUAGAUCCUACCAAAACUAGACCUUCCCUCCCCAAAGUGCUGGACAGCCGCGGCUGGUCGGUGAGCAUCUGCUACCCCUCAGUAGCGAACAACUACAUGGAGUCUAAGUGUGAAUCUGUGCUUCAGGAAAUGAGGAAGUGCUGUGCCCGGUACCCCAAGGGCAGAUCCAUCUGUUGUUCAGGGUUUGAGAAAGAAGAAAGAAAAAAGUUUAAGGUGAUUCCAGAAGGAAUUCCCCUACCACCUCAGUAACACAAUGCAGCUCCAGCAGAUGUGGAGCAUGGACUGAUCUGCAGAGCUCAUGUUUUUUCAAGCCUUCUUUAGACUUUCAGGAAAGCCAGACUGCUCCUAGAACACACCUUCCAGCACACCAAAAAGUAUAACACAGUACCAACAGAUGGCCUGGUUAUCAGACUUUAUUUUCUGUACCAAAACACCAUAUACAUUGUCUUUGCAUUGCACCUGUGUCUUUGAAAAGUCAACUUGCUGUUUUCAGAAUGCUUACCUUACUCUUACCCAUUCUUGCUCUCAAAAUGGAGAACUGGAACCAAGUUAUUCUGGCUUCUGGAGUGGGAGGUACAGGAAAUUAGAUCAGAAGAGUGAGUGAGUUUAAGCAUGAUACAUAAAAUAAGUCUACCUUGACACAGUAAAGGUUUUGCUGCCAUCAUGCUCCAGACAUUUGCCUGUCCAGUGGUUCAAGCUCAAGAAUGGAAAUCAGCUCUGGGGAUUGUUCCUAGAUUUUGCAUAGAUCACAAGUGACUACAAGGUCACUUUGCUUAAGUGCCUCACUUCCCCACUGGACAGACUUUUGGUUACUUAAUAUUUGAAUUGCCUAUACACUAUUUGCAUGACAAAGAUGUUGCAGAAACAUUAUUUCAGGGAUUGCUACAGAAAUAGUAUUAUUUUUAAAGCAAUAUGAAUUUGAAAGAUCAGACUGUUGAUAGGAAAUUUACAAAUUUAUGUAUAACUGAAAACCUUUAAGCAAUAUGUUAUGAACCCAGCAUAGUUCCAUUUGCUGGUACCCAGAGGCCUGUCACAAAGCCCUGGGCUAGAUCCAAGAACUGAUUUCAGUGCUGCUUACUGGACAAGCAGUUGAAGGCACUUGUUUUCAGCACAGCAUUCCAGACUCAUUCCCAAGCCGGCUGUGACUGGACCCCAGGGAGAGAUGGCUUUUCAAAAGCUGUCACCCGUCCAGCAGAAUUUCCUGUGACCUGUAGGAGGAGCUCGGUAGACAGGUUCCUGCUCCAGAGCUGCCCAAAUCUCUCCGUCCUAAGGCACCUCAGUGGGUACAAAGUUACAGGGCUUAGGCACCUAAAUACCAGACUUCAAACCACUAGGUCCCUAACUCUGUCGUUAGAUGUAGGCAUAAAGGAGUUUCCUGCUGUGAUCAAGUACAACCUAUGAAAUACAGCUUCUGUGAACAGACCACUGUAGUCUAGGCACAAUAGCUCAGUGUAUUGAAGCCUAAAAGAGCAAACCAUUUGUAUUCACUGCUCUGAAAUACCAUCAUACAAAAUAAAGUACUGGAACAGA